CGAAGAAGCAGGAGGAGGGUUUGCAGUUAGAGGUAACAAACAUGGCGGCAACUGCAACACCAGCGGCCACAGAACAAACACCUAAAACCCCGCUGCUGGAACCUGAGCUUGGGCCCCCGGACAUCGAGGGCUUCAACAUUUACCCGAAGAUCAAAGAUGAGACCUUCAAAGAAAAAUUUAUCCGAAAAACCAAAGAAAACCCCUUCGUCCCAAUAGGUUGUUUGGCAACAGCAGGAGCGUUGAUAUUUGGUCUCCGCUCCUUCCAACAAGGGAAAACCAAGCAGUCCCAGAUACUGAUGAGGGGACGUAUUGCUGCCCAAGGCUUCACCAUAGUUGCCCUUCUUGUUGGUGUCGUUGGCACGGCUCUCAAAUCCAAGUAAUGAAGACGUACCAGUCCUGCACCGUGGCCAUCGUCCGUUCAACUUACCUCUGUAAAACUUGGAAUGAGACCAGAUCCAUCAUGGAAGUGGACUGAUCUUAUGAUCUGAAUGAAAUGAGUAAUGUAUUGCUUUCAGCAUUGUCCAGAAACCUGGGGCUUAAAGCCAACACUAUUUGUUGUUGAAAACUGGCAAUUGCUCAUGGUGGUAAAAUAUUUUGCUUCGGGCUAACUAUGGAACAGCAAAACAUUAUCAGCUCUUUGCCCAACCCAAGAAAGUAAGCUGGAUUUUUCUUUGUGCUAUAAUAAUACUCAGGCAAAAAGCUGAUAAAUAUAAAUUAUGGACUUGCUCCUUGAUCUUCUGGGUCAGAUUUAAAAUGUAUUGUAACUGAAAUGAUCAAUAUAAUGCCUUCUGAUAUAAAUUUUAAUUUAAACCAGGUGUCCAGAGUGUAUUUGAGAUAAAACAUCACACUCACAACGGCAUUCAGGGGACAGCUAUUUCUUAAACAACCUUUAUUAAACAAGUUAUUUAAAAAAAAAAAUCACUGGGGAAUUUUAUUGUGAACACAGUUUUUAUAUUAAUAGCUGAG